AUGGGGUUGGUGUAUCAUGGAGUUUCGUGGCAAAGCGUCAUGUUUGAGGAAGGCAAAUUCAUUCGCCUUUUUGACGCCGGGUCCGCAGUGUGUAAAUCAGAUGCGCUCGUUUCUGACUCUCUGCGUCUUGCACUGAAGGAUGGCAUUGCGCCGAGUCAAGACGUCGUAUUCGGAUCAAGAUCAACCGCUUGUCGACCCUUCGUUGUCCCCAUUAGUAUUCGGAAAGAUGUCGGUGUUGAUGGACGGCCGAGCAGGCCGCAAUAUGGCUUUAAGUUGAUUGGAAGCGGAAAGCCCGCUCCAAAGCAGUAG